AUGUCAGCCGAUUGUCACCGAUAUUUGUCUCGAUUUGUCGGUAUCAGUGCCGAMACGAUUGACAUUCUGGUCGAAAGUGGUUUCGAUACGUUACAGGCAUUGCUGGCCAUCGAUAUGGACAAAGACUGGCAUCGCUUACCGCCGCAGAUAUCAAAUGCACAGAAAAUACUGUUGCGUCARGCGUUGGCCAAACUCGCAGUUAUAACCGAUGGUGACAAACAAGAAAUAACUUCCAGACAWACAGUAUCUGACAGAAAAUCUUUUGUCAAUUUGAAUCAUCGAAUUGACAGCUACUUCGACAACAUUUUCGAUAAUAUUGACAAUCAGUUUAGCGAUACUCAAGUAGAAGAAACUGUGACAUCAAUUGAUAAUGAAUUUGAAUUGAAAAGACUUGCACUCAAAACAAAACCCGUUGUUGUCAUUAGUCCACUAAAAUUGCCGAUYAGUUUAUCAAAUACURUCGACRASACUACUAUUAGUCGUAUAAAUUUGUUUGAAUCCGAAACAAAAAUGUUUUUUCRAUGGCAGACAAAACUGGAAAUUCAUAUGAAUAGACAGCACAGGAAAUGUCAACCAUUCAAGUGUUAUAAAUGCAAUAAACGAUUCUUUAGUAACACAUCACUGCUCAUACAUUUGGCCGAAAAACAUUCAAUGAAACCGUUUGGUUGCGAUAACUGCAACUUCAAGGGACGAUCAAAAUCUAUACUAAUUCAACAUAAAGUCAAACACUCGACUAGUCUGCCAUUUGUCAUGUCAACCACUGAUUGUCGCCGAUAUUUGUCUCGUUUUGUCAGUAUUAGUACCGACACAAUUGACAUUCUCGUCGAAAAUGGUAUCGAUUCUGUGCCAUUGCAGGCCAUAAAUAUAGACCAAGAUUGGCAUCUGUUGCCGAAACAGAUAUCUAUUGGUCAGAAAUUGCUAUUACGACAGGCAUUGGCCAAACUAUCAGAUAUUAUCGACGAUGACUACGACGGUAACAAACAAGAAAUUACUGCGAGACGAUCGCAGACGAUAGAUGCAAGUGAUCAGCAAUUUGUCUCAAAUGACAAACACUGUAAUCAAUCGCUUAAUACUAAACGACUACUCCGUUGCCAUAAGAAAGAGAUUCAUAUCAUCGAUAAUAUCGAAAAAGAGAUUAAUGCGAAACAAUCGGUAUCUAAAAGUCGGUCUAAACUGUUGACCAAUUUGAACGACAAGAUGGACACAGUUUCUGAUAGAAAUGAUAAGCCGUAUAACUAUAAUGAUUUGGAAAGUGAUAAUCAAUUURAUGAUCACAUCAAUGGUGAUCUAACWAUGUUAUCAAAUGAUGACUUUCAUCAACAGGCGUUGGCUAAACAACUCGUAGAUAUUACCGACAAUGACUUUGACAAUGAUGGCCAACAAGAGAUUACUGCAAAACAAUCGGUAGCUAACAGUCGGUCUAAACUGUUAACCAAUUUGWACGACAAAUUGRACACAAUUUUGGAUAUAAAUGAUAAGUCGUAUAACGAUAAUGAUUUAAAAAGUGAUAAUCAAUUUGAUGGUCACAUCAAUGGUGACCUAACGAUGUUAUCAAAUAAUGACUUUCAUCGACAUCAUCAGCAAUUUGUCUCAAAUGACAAACACUGUAAUCAAUCGCUUAAUACUAAACGAGUACUCCGUUUCCAUAAGAAAGAGAUUCAUAUCAUCGAUAAUAUCGAGAAAGUGUUUAAUAGGAGACAAUUCGUAUCUAAAAGUCGGUCUAAACUGUUGACCAAUUUGAACGACAUAAUCGACACAGUUUCUGAUAGAAAUGAUAAGCCGUAUAACUAUAAAAGUGAUAAUCAAUUUGAUGAUCACAUCAAUGGUGAUCUAACAAUGUUAUCAAAGGAUGACUUUCAUCGACAGGCGUUGGCUAAACAACUCGUAGAUAUUACCAACGAUGACUUUGACAAUGAUGGCCAACAAGAGAUUACUGCAAAACAAUCGGUAGCUAACAGWCGRUCUAAACGUAUCAUAAAUUCAGAGAAGAAAAUGGASACAAUUGUAAUGAAUAACAAAGACUGUAAUCAAUUGUUUAAUGAUAAACGAGUAUUGCGUCGAYACAAGAAAGAGAGUCACUCGACUGAUCGGCCAUUUGUUUGUAAUUACAAUGAUUGCAAUWAGACUUAUAAACACAAACGAAAUUUAACUGAACACAAGAAAUACAAUCAUUUAUCUGAUCUACAGUUUGUAUGCAAUUAUGUUGACUGUAAUAAGUCGUUUAAAUGCAAAUCCAAUAGRAAUAUACACCAGAAUACUGUUCACUCAUCCGAUCGACCAUUUGUUUGCAAUUAUGAUGACUGUCACCAAUCAUUCAAAAUGAAAAAWAUUUUAGUCCAACACCAGAAACAAAUACAUUYCACUGAUCGKCCAUUUGUUUGCAAUUACGAUGAUUGCAACAAAUCGUUUAAACGCAAAGAUUAUUUUGUUUAUCACCUAAAAUAUAUUCACUCGACUGACAGACUAUUUAUCUGCAAUUACAACGACUGCAAYCAGUCGUUCAAAACCAAACAGUAUUUGCGUAAACACCUAAACUCUGUUCAUUCAACUGAUCGGUCAUUUGUCUGCAAUUACAAUGAUUGCGAUAAGACUUAUAAACACAAACGAAAUUUAACUGAACACAAGAAAUACAAUCAUUUAUCUGAUCUACAGUUUGUAUGCAAUUAUGUUGACUGUAAUAAGUCGUUUAAAUGCAAAUCCAAUAGGAAUAUACACCAGAAUACUGUUCACUCAUCUGAUCGACCAUUUGUUUGCAAUUACGAUGAUUGCAACCAAUCAUAUAAACGCAAAAAAUAUGCUAAGACAUCAGAAAUAUUUUCAUUCGCAAUUACGAUGACUGCGAUAAGUCAUUUAAACGCAAAAAAAGUAUGA